CUUCAAUGUAACUUUCUCUCAAUUUCAUCUUCAACCACGAUAUUGACGAUCAUACACAGACUUCCUUCAUAUAUAUGGAAACUUUCCAAAAGUCGUAUGCUUAUAUAAUGAGAAAAUCGAAAUAAGACGGCACUCAUAUCACGAGAGUAGCAACCGCAUCAAGCACCACACCUCAAAACCCUCCUCAUCAACCUCAUAUAAUCAUUAUCAAAUCCCCCAUCAAGAGGUACGCCACACACCUCAUACCACACACACACAACAAUGUCAGACGAUCUCAAAGACGAGAUAGAAGCCCUCAACUCAAUCUACGGAGACGACACCCUCCGCCACACGCCACCAGACAACUAUGUUCUCACGCUUCCCGGCGGCCCGGGUGCCUCCUCGCUCACCCUCCGCUUCGCCGACUCGUACCCGGACGUGCCGCCAGAGAUCCUCGGCACCCACAGCGCCGGCGAGAACGCGCCCCGCGGCGCCGGCGCCCGCGACCUGCUGCUCUUCCGCGAGGCCGUCGCCGCCGUCUACCAGCCGGGCGCUGUCUGUCUCUUUGACGCCGUGGAGGAGUUCUCCCGACGCGUGGAGGAAGUUUCAGAAGCUGAGCCGUCAGGACCACCCACCAACUCACACUCUCCACCACCGUCAUCACCACGGCUAGAGGAGGAGCACGGGAACCAAGAAGCUGACUCUCUGCCUUCCUACAUGCUAGAGGAACCCCCCUGGAUCAUCUCCGACCCCUUCGUCGAACUCAAAUCCGUCUUCCUCGCGCGCGCCGCGCCCGUGACAUCCCCCGAGCAGGCCGCGAGUUACGUCCAGCACCUCAUCGCCACGGACAAGAAAGUGCGCAGCGCAAGCCACAACAUGACGGCGUGGCGCAUCCGCGGGCCCAACGGCACGAGCUUCCAAGACUGCGACGACGACGGCGAGACGGCGGCGGGCGGGCGGCUGCUGCACCUGAUGCAGCUCAUGGACCUGUGGGACGUCAUGGUCGUUGUGACGAGGUGGUACGGCGGGCAGAAGCUGGGGCCGAGGCGGUUCGCGCUGAUUAACAGCACGGCGAGGGAUGCGUUUGUCAAGGCUGGGUGGGCGGAGGAGGCGGGGCAGGGGAAGAAGAAGGGGCAUGGCAAGUGA